GGCCGGGCCCGGAGGAGCCGAGCGGCGGGGAUCCGGCGGGAGCGGCGGCCGGGCCCGGGUGUGCGAUGGAGACGCACAUCUCGUGCCUGUUCCCGGAGCUGCUGGCCAUGAUCUUCGGGUACCUGGAGGUGCGGGACAAGGGCCGGGCGGCGCAGGUGUGCACGGCCUGGCGGGACGCCGCCUACCACCGCUCCGUGUGGCGGGGCGUGGAGGCCAAGCUGCACCUGCGCCGCGCCAACCCCUCGCUCUUCCCCAGCCUGGCGGCGCGGGGCAUCCGGCGGGUGCAGAUCCUGUCGCUGCGGCGCAGCCUGAGUUACGUGAUCCAGGGCAUGGCGGAGAUCGAGAGCCUCAACCUGAGCGGCUGCUACAACCUCACCGACAACGGGCUGGGCCACGCCUUUGUGGCGGAGAUCGGCUCGCUACGGGCGCUUAACCUGAGCCUCUGCAAGCAGAUUACGGACAGCAGCCUGGGCCGCAUCGCCCAGUACCUCAAGGGCCUCGAGGUGCUGGAGCUGGGCGGCUGCAGCAACAUCACUAACACCGGCCUCCUCCUCAUUGCCUGGGGUUUGCAGCGCCUCAAGAGCCUCAACCUGCGCUCAUGCCGCCAUCUCUCUGAUGUGGGCAUUGGGCACCUGGCGGGCAUGACCCGCAGUGCAGCUGAGGGCUGCCUGGGCCUGGAGCAGCUCACGCUGCAGGACUGCCAGAAGCUCAGCGACCUCUCACUAAAGCAUCUGGCCCGAGGGCUGGGACGCCUCCGCCAGCUCAACCUCAGCUUCUGUGGGGGCAUUUCAGAUGCGGGGCUGCUCCACUUGUCCCACAUGAGCAGCCUGCGCAGCCUCAACCUGCGCUCCUGCGACAAUAUCAGUGACACAGGCAUCAUGCAUCUGGCCAUGGGCAGCCUGCGCCUUUCGGGCCUUGAUGUUUCCUUCUGUGACAAGGUGGGGGACCAGAGCCUAGCCUAUAUUGCGCAGGGUCUGGAUGGGCUGCGUUCCCUCUCCCUCUGCUCGUGCCACAUCAGCGAUGAGGGCAUCAACCGUAUGGUGCGCCAGAUGCAUGGGCUCCGCACGCUUAACAUUGGCCAAUGUGUCCGUAUCACUGACAAGGGCCUGGAGCUCAUUGCGGAGCACCUCAGCCAGCUCACAGGCAUUGAUCUUUAUGGCUGUACCCGCAUCACUAAGCGGGGCUUGGAGCGCAUCACUCAGCUGCCCUGUCUCAAGGUGCUCAACCUGGGACUUUGGCAAAUGACUGAGAGCGAGAAGGUCAGGUGAGAGGAGGGGGCACCUGGAAACCUCCAUCCUCUCUGGAGGGACUCACUGACUGACUGACUGCUGCAAUGGAGGGGAGGGAGAGAGAGAGAGAGAGAGCAGAGGCAGGGAGGGGGACCCACACACAGAGCCAUGCUACCUGCCCACUCCAGCACUGGAAGGAGGGAGGGGUAGAGAGAGCCCACCCCUAUGCUUUCCAUGCCACCUACCCACCUCUGCACUGGCUGGGGCAGGAGAGGGAAGAGAGAGAACCCCCAUUUCUUCCAUGACAUCCCCAGCACUCCAUUGGGAAUACAGUACCCCUUUCCUCAUCCUUCUCUGCAUUGGGGAUAGAGGCCUGCAAUUUUAUGCACUGGGGCUGGAGAUACCCCUCCCCACUCCAACUCUGAUUCUACCCCCUCAUGCACUAGGGAUUGAUGAAGAAAGUCCCCCUAUUCUUACUCGCCUCCAGUCCUGCUCAGUUUUGGGAAUAGGGACCUUCUUGAAUGGGGGUGGGAAUGGAAAUGGGAACACCCCCCCCCAAAAAUAUAUAUUAAAAAAAGCUUAUUAGCUGCAUGUUCCAUAUCCACUGACCCCAGUCCUCCUGCACUGGGUACAAAGACACCCCCUUGUCAUACCAUUCCAAUUCUUUUUUUCCCCAUCCCAGCUGGGGACUGUGACAGAAAUAGCCUUUCCCAGCUAUACAUAUUCCAUCAAUUUCCAGUCCCACCCCCAUCUUCACUUCUAUCCCCUUUUGCCCUAUGGUUGGAUACUCCAGUGCACUGGAUAUAGAGAGAGCUACACUGGUCCCCUCCCCUCCUGAGUUGAGUAUAGGGACAUGAUUUCUUUGCACCCUGAACUGUGGUUGGAGAGAGAGCCUAGACCCUCCACUCUUUUCCCAUCUCCCUGCAUUGGGGAUGAAGAUAGACUCCUAAUACUUCUCCCUCCUCCUUGUACUGGGGAUGAAGACACAAUUUUCCCCUUACCCCAUUCCCAGUAGAGAAGAUGACAGAUCCCAGUCUCUUCAAAUGUCCCACCUGCAUUGGAGGGAUGGAGUAACCUUAGCCAUUUAUCUUCCCUUUCAUUUUUCUCUCUCUUCCUCCCUGCCUUUUCUUUCUUGGAAGUGGGGAUAAAGACAUAUCCAGCCACACAUCCAUUUCCUCUUUGGGGGUGAAUGGGGCAGAGGGGAUGACCAAGCUCCUAUCUACCCAGGGGAUUUAAGGAAGAAACUCCAGCUUCAUUUUUGCUUUCAUUUGAGAUACUGUGACAUGGUUUUAUUUUGAAAUGCGUACAAAAAAAUUACUACUACAAAACAGCCUCUUACCACCACCACCAUCCCCUUGCUUACAUCCUGUUUCUGAUCCUAGUUUUUCUCAUCCUUUCUUUCUUCAGUAUUCAUUUUCUUCCAUGGUUUUAUUUUUAAAGACAUUUGAAGUUGCUGUUCUUGUGGAUUUUUAAGUACGUUUUUUUCUGCUGAAUAUAUUCUAUAUAUAUAAAUAUAUAUAUAAUGUCUGGCUACCUCGUUUUAAUUUGUUACUUAUUUUUCUCAAAAGCCCUGGAAUUCUUACAAGAAAGAGAUUUUGAGACUGAAACAUUUUUGUGCCUAGACUGGAAAGAUGCCCCUUGGGUUUGUAAAUUUUU